GACAAGCGGUUGAAUUUGAAAUAUUUUGUUAAAAUUCGAAUUCGUGUUCAAUAUUGUCCAUCGUUUAAUUGGAAUUUAUUGGUACCUUUCAAUAUAUCGACAUGGUAUGUGGAUCACCCUGAAUCAUUCUGCUUUUAUUUACACAUAAACCAAAGGAGUAAUUUCCCGGCAAUAUUUUUAAGAAAUGGCAGAAGUUACAAAGAAACUCCUGUCAGCCAAGCUACGGGCAUCAUUAACUGAAGAAGAUGGUGAUAGUGAUGACGAAAUCAGAAACAUUAAUGAAAGAAUACCAUUUAAUCGGAACACAAAUAAUAAUGUCAGUCGUAAUGGUGAUAUUAAUAACAAACUAUGUUUGAGACCUCAAAAUAAGGACAAAGAAAAUAGCCCAAAAAUCAUACGAUCGAAGCCUCGUCGUCAUUUAGAUAGAAAUGAAUUUGACGCUAAUAAUAAUAGUCGCCCUGUUACCCCAACAAAGGAGACUGAUCAGUUUGAUUCUAUUGCCCCAGCCCCCCUCACACCUACUGCAAACUUAAAAAUGUUAUUUAGUGCUGUUAGUCCAGAAAUUCGUAAAAUGCAAGAUCAGAAGAGACAGGAAGAAUUGAUUAACGAAUCACCAACACCAGAAGAUAACUCAAUUGAUAAAGAUGACUUGAUAUUCUCAUCACAAGAAAGUGAUUCUGGGAAAGCUGGUGGUUCUCGGAAAGAAAAAUCACUUGGUCUCCUUUGUCAAAAAUUUUUACAGCGCUAUCCAGAUUACCCGGAAGGAAAUAUUGAAGUUUGUUUGGAUGAGGUUGCACGAGAACUAAAUGUUGAGAGGAGAAGAAUUUAUGAUAUUGUUAAUGUUUUGGAAAGUGUAGAAAUAGUCAGUCGUAUAGCUAAAAAUAAAUAUGCAUGGCAUGGUAAAACUAAUUUAGUUACAACUUUAGGUAAACUGAAGAUGUUGGCAGAAAAAGAAGGAUUUGGAGAUCAGAUACAACAAGUUAAAGAACAUGAAUUUUACCGUGAAUUAAACACACCAAGAGAUAUAGAAUUAUUAGAUAAAACUUUUAUGAGAAAAGAUAAAUCUUUAGGUAUAAUGAGUCAGAAAUUUCUUAUGUUGUUUCUUAUAUCAAAGCCCAAAACUGUCAAUCUAGAUAUAUCUGCAAAAAUACUCAUCGGUGAUCCAAAUAUAGAUAAAACAGAAAACUCAAAAUUUAAAACAAAGAUUCGCCGGUUGUACGAUAUAGCCAAUAUUUUGACUAGUCUUGAUUUAAUACGUAAAGUUCAUGUAACAGAGAUUCGAGGUCGUAAACCAGCUUUUAGAUAUAUUGGACCUGAUGUUGAUGCUGUGUGUGAUUUGAGUGUAUGUUGUAGUGAUGGUAUACAUAGACCUUCCUCAAGACAUUCCUUAUUAGAUUGUAUAAAAAAUAAAAAAUUAGCUAAUAUAAUGAGUCCUUCAACUUACGUUCCUAUUCAACCGGCUCCAGUUAUAUCUUCAGAGAAGAAAUCCAAAUUGAACAGCUUACAACAGGAAAUACAAAGUGAUGUACCAAAGAGAUUUUCACGUCAUGCAUCUUUUGAUAUGAUCUGUGAAGCAGCUGAAAAAGAAAGAACCAAACUAUAUGCCUGUAAUUCAGAACCAUCAAGCCCUGUUAAAAAAUUAGACUUUGAAAAUAUGGAAGAUAUCCCUAGCUUGCCUGCUAGUCAGGAACCCCUACCGGUGAAAAAGAAGAAAAAGAUUUUUAUGUUGAAAGGUACACCAGCAGCAACAUUAUCUCCUAUGAAGAAAAACAACACAGGUGUUCAACGGAAGCAGGAAACUUUAAUUAUAAAAACUAAUAAUUUAAAUGGAACUAGUUGUAGACAACCAACCAUGAUACCCCUAACUCAAGAUCAAAUCAACGCAGUUUUAAAAUCUUUAAAGGUUCCUGUUACAAAUAUUGAUACCACCCGUCUGGUAGAUGCUUGUACCCAGUCGUCUCCGAACCUUCCUGGCGUAAAAUCAGAAGAAAUUGUUAAAUUAGAACAAAGAUCAGCAUCGCCAGAGUUCAGUAUGGCCAUUAGAAAUGAAACAACUCCCUCAACGACCACAGAUUACAUGCGGGGAAUAAAACGUGGCGUAGAUCGUAUUGAAGCAGGAAUGGAAAAACGCAUAAAGUUGGCCCUUCCGACACCACCAUCAACCGAGGAAGAAUCUUGCACUAGUUCCAGUGAUGGAUCCCCUGAUAAUGAAGUAUCAGAGAUAAACCAACGUUUAAACAAAAGACGGGGCUCUACGGAAAAUGGACGCCCAUCCCCGUUAAGAGCUCUUCAUCUUGCUCCAGAAUUCAAAUCGUGUGGAGCUUUUAAAACCAUCAGUCCCCCUGAUAUGCCAGCUGACUCAGAUUUGGCACUUCCAUUACCCGAGGACAGUGAAACUAAGAAAGGUCAAUCGCUGUUGAAAUCGUCGUAUCAGCAUGUUACAGUUCAGAUGACGAACCAUCCUCAACAAUUUAUACAUGUUCCCAUUGUACACAUCCCUCGUAAUUCUUUAUCAGCUCAGGAGAAAAAACAUAUGUCCCUUAUGACACCUACAUCCCUGAUACAGAGCUUACCCUUAAAUUCAUUGAAUCAAAAUCAACCAAUGAACUUUGUUGUUCCAGUGAACACUUUUAGUCCUCCUUUGACCCCAGUGACCCCCGCUAACUCCUCAUCUAGUCCAACAUUCUUUACUCUUCCUGCAGCAUCUACCGCAACAAGCAUCGCCUACAAUCUUGGAUCUCCAACGUCAACAUUUUCACAGGUGUCGAAUAUUCAAAUGGUAAUAUCCGGGGCUCAACCAAUCACAACCAACGCUGGUCAAUACAUCUCUUGCUCAACCAAUAAUCAAGCCACAUAUUUACAGAGCGUCAAUGUACCGAAGAAAAGCUAAAUAUAAAUCUUUAUACAAAUCUGGUGAUUGUUUUUUUAGUGUAUAUGUUAUUCCUUUUUUUUUUUUAAAUUUUAGGGGUUGAUUCCCAAGAUGUGCUUGUUGUUAUAACAAGAAUUUGGUUAGUAAUAUAUUAUGUAAUUGUAUUGUUUUGUUGAUGUGCUGUGUUUUUAGUAAUAUAAGUAUAUUAAGGAUGUGGAUGAAAAGAUAACAAAAAUGUAUUUGCCAAUCUCUUGGGUGCGUAAUCAGGCCAAACCAAUACAUUUAAGACUUGUGAACGAUGUUUUGUUUAAAUUUUCAAAACUUUAGAAAAUUGUAACUAUUUAUUUUUGAAAAGAGCAACCUAAUACCAUUUGCUUUAAAAAAAAUUAUUUUACCACAUCGAAGUAAGAGGCCAAAUUUUAAUAGGUGUUCACUCAAUGAACAAAAAUUCAUCUUGGUGUGGCCUAAUUUGGGUACCGUAUUCCAUUUGAAACUAUAAAAAAUUGUAACUAAAAUGCUUUGAAAAAAGCAACUUUUUUUCUCUCUACCUCUCCCCUGUUAACUUUACAUCAAAUUUUGUCCACAUCCCUAUUAAGUAUGGUUGCCAGUGUGUGAUACAUGGCAUAAUUGGUUGUUUUAAUGUAUGUAAGGAUAUAUGUAUACAAGACAGAUGUGGCCAUAUGAAUUGACGCAAUGGACAAAAAAAGUGGUUGUCCUGAUUUGCAUAAAACUUACCUAAAGUAUUUUUUUAAAAUAAUUAAAACAGGCAGCGUUUUCUUUGUUGAAUUAGUAAAUUAAGUUUCAUAAUAUUUUUAUAAGCUUUAAUGAGAAGAAACAUUUCAAUUUUGAGGUAAAACUUUUUGUCGUCCAUUUUAUUAUUAAUUAUUAUUUUGAUGUUUCAAUGGCAGAAGUAGUGCAUGGUUGUAUUUAUUUAUUCUGUUGUGUAUAUAUCUUUACUGUGAUAUGUUUUAAAAAUUGCCAAAUCACUAGUUAAGGUUGGAUCUCACUUCAUUUGCCAUUUCAACAUAAUUAGCCAUAGAAGUGAAACUAGGGAACUUUUAAAUAAUUUUUAAUUUCAUUUAACCCGAAUUUAAAAAAGUUUUUUAAGUGUGAGAAAAGGAAACAAAGUCGAAGAGAUAGAAUUGAGUGUGUUUCAUUGACCUAUUUCUGUGUUACAAAAUUUUGGUUAUUUUGACUAGACUAGUCUUGAUUUCCCAUAAGAGUUUCUACAAAUGAUUGCUUUUAAUAGUAUAUAUAGUUGCUAUGAAUAUGUAUAAGAAACUAUGUCUCGUCUCCUGACAGUAUACCAUCAUUGGUGAUUAUUGGAUGCUCAUAAGUCUGAUGACUUCUGGUGAACUAAACGUAGAUUAAUAAGAAAUACAAACUUAAAACAGCAAUACGUCUAUGCAAGGAGCCAUGUCGGUUCAUUGAGUAAGAAUUUGGCUCGCUAACCUGGAGGUCCAGUGUGGUUUCAUUUGGAUUUUCCAGUGUGGUUCCCCCAUCAAGUCAUUGGUAUAGGACAGAGGGCCUGGCAAGUGACAAUGUAUAGCCAUUCGGAUGGGAUCCAGUGUACACAUUGGCAUGCACAUAAAAGAACCCUUGACAGUUGGAAUUUGACAUAAGAGUAGGCGGUAAUGCCACUGUCUGGGCAAAAUUUCCCUCAUAGUGCACUGCAUGGUGUAUGUCUGUCUUUAUUAGCCCAGUUGGUGCAGAAAAGUAGGACAUUAAAACUCAUUUCAUUUCACUUGUUUUACAAGUUAAUAACAAUAUUGCUACUUAAAGGCAAUCAUAAUAUGCUACGUUUUAACUCUUAUGUUAAUAACAAUAUUGCUAUUUAAAGGCAAUCAUAAUAUGGUACGUUUUAACUCUUAUGUUAAUAACAAUAUUCCUAAGUUGGGAUGUAUAUGGCAAUCAGCUGCUGUAAAUCAUAAGGAAUUGUCUAACAUAUUUACAACAAGUAUUAUGUUGCCUACAUUUACAUAUAAUAUACAUGAUGUGGGCUUUUGUUUUCUAUAAUGAUCCAAAAUUGAUCCAAACUUAUUUAGUUGUAUUUUUUUUUUAAUAUUUUAAUCAAAAUGACUCGCUAAUGAAAUUAUCAUUUGGAAGACUUGCCAUAAAGUAAGUGGUUUUAGUCUUUUAUAUUGAAAUGAAUUUCUAGUGAAAACUUUCACCACUUUAUUUAUUUUUGUAUGUUUUUUUAUUGUAUUAGUAUUUAUUUGUUAAGAAUUAUUAGAUAAUUACUUAGUUCAUCCACACCAAUUUGGUUUUCUGUUCUUCUGGGUCUUGAGAAAUAAAUAGCCGCUUAAAUCAUCAUGUGAAAGAUGUUAUAUUUAGAAUUUCAAAAAUUAAAAAUUUGGAACUAAAGGUUUUGAACCGCACAACUAAAGUGUUUUCGACUUUAAAUAAAUCUUUAUCGGUGUUACCAAAGAGAAAAUCAAAUUCAUGUGGCUGUAGUUAUUAUUAGUCUUACAUUUCUGUUAAUUGAAGGAUAAUGAUUGUGAAAAUCACUGCCAUUUUGUUUAUAGAUUUUAUAUUAUUUUAAUUAAUCUAUGUUUAUUAAUUACUGCUUUUAAAUAAAAGGCAGGUAGGGCCAUACAUUCUUCUACUUGUUUAUUAUGAAACCUAAAUUUUUCAUUAUAUCUUUUUAAUUAUUAAAAAUACAGAUGUUACUGUAUCAUUAUUUUAAAUAACAUACAGGUGACAUGCUAAUCAUACAUUAUUUAAACUAGAUGAUAUAUUGGACUUGUGUUAAAAUUUCAUUGAAAUGCACUGCAAGAUAAUGUCUGUAUUUUAAGUUCUUUAAUGGUCUCAUGCAAGACAUUGCAUAAUAUGCUGAUACCACACUCCGGCUGACACUCUUGUGCAUUAUCAAUAUAUUACUUAAUUGUCUCGCUCUACAUCAUUAACCCCCACAAUAAAAUAAUCUUUUUUUUUUAUGCAUAAGAAGUGGCACAGUCAGAGUUCAAGGGUCUGUGGGUAUGAUUCUGCUGGGAUCUCUGCAUUGUCAGAAUUUAGAAGGGUAGAUCUUUAGCUCUUGUUUCCUGGAGUUCAACCACAAACCCUGUUGCUGUGCAACUAGUCAUAAGAUAAAUCAUUUUUAGGCAAAAAAAAUACAUGAUUAUAUAUUAUUUUUGAUUAUAAAUUAUUAACAUCCUCAUUAAAAUGAAUUCCAACAGAAACGAAAGAAAAAGGGUAGUAUAGAUUAUUUUUCAUUUAUAUUUUUUUACUCGUGAAACAUUACAUCAUUGAUAUUUUUGUAUUCAAUAUUUGAAAUGUAUUUAAUUCUAAGUAUUAAUGACCAUUCCAAUGUUUACAGUUAUCAGUUUUAUUUAACUUUGAUUCAAAUUAAUCUAUUUAUGUUUUUCUUGCUUUGAAAACCAAACCCAAUGAAUUUUCGUACUAUCUUCUCGUCUACGAUUGUAUAGGAUUCAUUUAUUUAAACACAUUUUGAUAUUAUAUAAAUUAAGCCAAAUAUCAGUGCUAUCUGUGACGGAAAGAAUGUCCUCAUUUUACUCCUGUUUUAUUGUAUUGUUUCAAUGACAUUUAGUAAUUGAACUGGAAAUACACUGGUCACAAUUCUAUGGAAUACAAUUGCUGUUUAUUACCCAGCCAGGCUUCUCUAGUCAUUAUGAAACAAAGAUAAGCCUAGUCUGAAACAUCACUCAGUAGUUGUAUUCCAUAGAGUAGUGACCUGUGUAUUUCUAGUUUAAUGAUUGGAGUAUCUGUAUGUCAUUAUCCAUCGUUGGGUUUAAUCACUGAGUAAAUGGUGUAUAUUAAUAAAUCUAUGUAAUAUGAGGUAUAAAUGAGAAUUGUAUAUAGAAUACUGGAAAUUGUAUAGAAUAAAUACUCUAUAACUAU